UAUAUAGUGUUGAUACUAAACCGGGGCCUAGUUUAUCGAUUUUCUGACCCUCAGUGGGGGCCUGUGGUCAGGAGUUGUAAGUGAAACGCUUGAUAUCCCCGUGUGACCUUUGUCGGCGUCUUCAAAGGAAGUGGAAAUUCCAGCAAAAUGGCGGACCAAUGGGCUGAAAGACUGCUGGAUUAUUCUACAGGGGCAACAGCCACAUUGUGUCUGGCUGUGGGUCACGAGGUGGGGAUCUUCAAGGUCAUGUCUGAUGCUGAAGACAGUCUCACAUCUCAAGACAUUGCUGAUAAGGCCAGUCUCAAAGAAAGGUAUGUGAGGGAGUGGUUGGGAUGUAUGACAGCGUGUGAGGCUGUCGAGGUCACUGGCGACGACCCACCUAGGUACUACAUCCCAGAAUCACACAAACCAUUUCUACAGACAAUUGGGAUUUCUUCAAGUUUGUUUGCCAACUAUGCCACAAGAUACGAUGCUGUGAAGGCCUGCUUCCACAAGGAUGGCCCUCAAGGUGUUGGUCAUGAACAGUUUCCUGGAAUCUUCGCGGUGUUCAACGAGAUGCGCGUUGUGUCCCAGAAGAAUAACAUGGAGGAGGAGCUACUACCAGCCAUCAGCGAGCUGCUCCCUAAACUAGAAUCUGGAAUUGACAUUGGGGAAAUAGGCUGUGGAACUGGCAUUCUGUCUCGCAGCCUGGCCGAGAAGUUUCCUAACAGCCGUGUUCACGGUAGCGACAUCUCCGAUAAAGCUCUCAGCAUGGCAAGGGAAGGAUCCGCCUCAAGGAACUUAGAAAAUGUCACCUUUGAAAAGGUAGACAUCUGUAAUAUUCCAGACUCAAUGGUGGGAAAGUUUGAUUUGAUGGUUUGUUUUGAUGUCAUCCAUGACCUGAAUGACCCGGAGAAGGCGUUGACGGAGAUACGACGUGCCCUGAAAGAUGGAGGGUACUUCGUCAUGGCAGACAUACACACUAAACAAGAGAGAAUGGAUAUAGUUGGAGAUAUGGGUGCAUGCUCAUUGUAUGGGAUGAGCACCUUCCUGUGUCUCCCAGCAAGCCUGGAACAAAAUGGCGGAAUUGGACUUGGAGCUGCUUGGAGUAGAGAGCUAGCUGGAAAGCUGCUAAAAAAUGCGGGUUUAAAAUUGAUCCGAGUGAAUCCCAGCAAACAGAGCACAUGUCUGUUUUAUCAUGUUUGUGUGAAAAACUGAUUAUCUGGUGUUCAUAAUCGUAACUAAGCUGACAUACCCAAGAGGAUGAAGAGUGUAGAGCCAAAGUAUUCUGCAGCCAUUAGAGGCACAUCCCUGACUUAGUGUCAGUUAAUGCUUGUAAAGAGAGCUUAGCUGUAGAUUCUCUUUCAGAUAACAAUAAUGUCAUGAAUCUGAAGUAGUCAUUGGAAUACACACACAUAUAUUGACAAUGAAUGAGUUACAGAAUAGUCAUUGGAAAUAACUUUAAAAUUGCUGGUGUACUCGGUACAGUUGCACAUGUAAAAUCACUUGCCCUGAUAAUUUUUCCACUAUACCGGCCAUUUUCUUGUUGAUUUUUUAAAUAAACAACAUAAUUAA